UGGGUAGAUCAGCCUAACGCAAACUGCAUACAGGAAGCUCCAAAAGAUAUAGUGAUGUUGUCUUUUUUAGUUUUGAAUUGUAAUACAAAUGAUUUGUAAUGCAUUUUUGCAUUUUAAACUUCUGCUGAUAAUGAGUGAAAGAGUGCUUAGGGCUUUCUGCAAUCAAAUGCACUGCGCCGAGGUCGUCUUGACAACCUCAUACAUUGUUGCAAAUUGAGCAGAAACCACAACCACUUUCCCACGGUAAGACUAACAGAAGACACUACGAACACGUUGUGGGUAGAAGAGGAAGACACUACAGCGGUUCACAAAGAGAUGUAUUAAUUAACGUUAAAUGGUUCGGUUCAUCCUGAAACAAGCCGUGACAACCUUCCGUUCGUCCUGAAACAAGAGCCAUGACUCAAGAAAUAAAGGAGGCAAUCCUGCAGGUAUUACCUACAUUAGCAGAGGAUACCCUGUCUUUGCUGCUGACCAGACUUAACAGCAUUGGCGUGGACCGCAAGUCGGAUUUGCAAUAUGUGAAGGAGGAGGAUCUGUCAGAACAUCUUCGACCUAUAGAAUCGCGAAAACUGCUAAACAAAUGGAGCACCGAUGGGCAGCUGAGGUGUGCUGAAAAUUUACAAAGUGACAAUUCACAAUCAGACUCCACACGUAGUCCAUGCAGACUGGAUUCAUCCUCCUCAUCCUUCUCAUCCAGCCCAACCAGCACAAAUAGCAGCACCAGCACAGUCGACAUAGACUCUUGGCCAGACUGUUUUAAAGUUCCUUGGGGCAAAAUGCCUCAUGCCAUAUCAAUGGCUGUGCAUUCACAAAAGCGCCCAGCUCCAAGAGACCGAAGAGAAAUGGUCCGGAUCAUAGUAGAUGAAAUGAGGGUGAUUGAAGCCAAUCCUUCUAGAUCUGAUUGCUUUUCUGUUGCUAAGAAAAUAGUUAGACAGUAUCCCAAGAGCUUUGCCGAUGUCUUGAAAGAUGGCACUAAAAUUGGAAGUGGAUAUGCUUCCCUUGUCAAUCAGAUUAAAUCCAGGGUUGAACACCUGAAUAGGGACAAUGUUACAGCAAGACGCCGGAGAGGAAAAACACUGCCAAGCUCAUCCACCACCAAGAGCACCAAAGGACCAUCAGAUCAAUAUGGGUGUAUCAGUUGGCAGCCUGAGUGUCCUACUGGGGAAACUGAAGACAGCCUUAAGGGGAAAAAAGAACAAAUGCAAGAGAUGUUUUCAAGAGAAGGUCCAGUGGGGGGAGAGAGAGGAUGUGUCGACCAGCUAAUGCAUGUUACAUACUACCUGCAACGUAAGUCUAUCAACGCAAGUCCACCUCACACAAUUGCUGAGCUUAGAAAAGAUUGGCCAUAUCUCUUCACUCAGAAAGGCCUCUACAGUCACUUUCAGCAUCUUACAGACAUACCCAUCCUGGAAAAAAUGGAGGGAGCAAUUGCAGAAAAGGGAAAGAUGAUCCUCCAGUUUUAUCGCCAAAAGCCAACAAACUCGGAGGUAAGCAGGUCCAUGUUUGAGGCCAGUGGGUCUACCGUAGUUGGACCUUGUGUUAUCCUGUGCUUAAUGGCACACUUCAAAGAGAACUCAGAUGGACUACUGUUACAAGUUGAUGAAACAGCCACUCCUGCAGACGUGGAGAGAUUGCCUUUACCAGAUGCUCCAAGAUUAGUUAUUCAAGGGAACAAAUUUGUUUCCAACAAAUGGAUGCUAACCAUCGAAAAACAAGUGGUGAUGACUCCACAUUCAAGCUUCACUGCAGGCCUGGCCACUUUGUUUGCAACCUUAUAUACCUUCAAUUUGGAGUACCAAGAGGAGGCUUCAUGUGUCCUUGAAUUCAUCCAAAGGUGCUUUGUGGGAAUCAACCCAGACACCGGCUCCAAGGCUUCAAGUGGAAAGAAAAAACGUCACACAAUCAAUGUAAAAGUCUGCACUCUUUUACGCAAGCUCAUGGACUUUGACUGGCUUGGUUUUUAGGCACUCGCAAAGCCACUCUCUCAUUUUCUAAAUGUUUUUUCCAGGUGUUUAUUGCUUUUGGUAACAUUCAUCUUGUUUUAAAAAUCCACUCAUGGACUUUGACUGGCUUGGUUUUUAGGCACUCACAAUGUUUUUCCAAUGUUCAAUUUUCAGAUGUUUAUUGCUUUUGCUAACAUUCAGCAUUCUUGUUUUAAAAAUCCACAUAAUGUUUUGUCAUUGUAAGUGACCAACCCCAGAAUGUUUGUCCGGUUUGUGGUGUAUUGGCUGCGCUAAAAGCCCUAUUGGCGGCAGGAAAAACAAUGAGAAAAUUUGGUGCAACAUAGACCGAAUUAGUGGCCCGCCAGCUAAAGCUAGGGCACUUUCCUUAAGUUUCACUCAAAGUGCCCCAUCAGGUUAGCCUGAGCUACCGGGUCAUUAUUUCGGUCUAUGUUGUCCCAAAUAAUAGUGAAAUUAUGCUGAGUGAGUUGAAUGAAUGCCAUUCUUUUGCUACAUUCAAAAUAAAGUUGGAAGUUUAACUCUGAA